GGGGCUGCAACGGGCGGAGGCCGGAGCCGGAAGCGGAAGAGGCGCUGGGAGCGGGGAGUGGGGCCUAGCUGCAGCCGGAGCCUAGGAGACGAUGCAUCACUGUAAGCGAUACCGCUCCCCUGAGCCAGACCCGUACCUGAGCUACCGAUGGAAGAGGAGGAGGUCUUACAGUCGGGAGCAUGAAGGGAGACUGCGAUACCCCUCUCGAAGGGAGCCUCCGCCCCGGAGAUCUCGGUCUAGAAGCCAUGACCGCCUGCCCUACCAGAGGAGAUACCGGGAGCAUCGUGACAGCGACACAUACCGGUGUGAAGAGCGGAGCCCAUCCUUUGGAGAGGACUACUAUGGAUCUUCACGUUGCCAUCAUCGUCGGCGGUCACGGGAAAGGGAGCCAUACCGGACCCGCAAGCAUGCCCACCACUGCCACAAACGCCGCACCAGGUCUUGUAGCAGCGCCUCCUCGAGAAGCCAACAGAGCAGUAAGCGCAGCAGCCGGAGUGUGGAAGAUGACAAGGAGGGCCACCUGGUGUGCCGGAUCGGCGAUUGGCUCCAAGAGCGAUAUGAGAUCGUGGGGAACCUGGGUGAAGGCACCUUUGGCAAGGUGGUGGAGUGCUUGGACCAUGCCAGAGGGAAGUCUCAGGUUGCCCUGAAGAUCAUCCGCAACGUGGGCAAGUACCGGGAGGCCGCCCGGCUAGAAAUCAAUGUUCUCAAGAAAAUCAAGGAGAAGGACAAAGAGAACAAGUUCCUGUGCGUCUUGAUGUCUGACUGGUUCAACUUCCAUGGUCACAUGUGCAUCGCCUUUGAGCUCCUGGGCAAGAACACCUUUGAGUUCCUAAAGGAGAAUAACUUCCAGCCUUACCCUCUACCACAUGUCCGGCACAUGGCCUACCAGCUCUGCCACGCCCUUAGGUUUCUACAUGAGAACCAACUGACCCACACAGACUUGAAGCCAGAGAACAUCCUGUUUGUGAAUUCUGAGUUUGAAACUCUCUACAAUGAGCACAAGAGCUGUGAGGAGAAGUCGGUGAAGAACACCAGCAUCCGAGUGGCUGACUUUGGCAGUGCUACCUUUGACCACGAGCAUCACACGACCAUUGUGGCCACCCGUCACUAUCGCCCGCCUGAGGUGAUCUUGGAGCUGGGCUGGGCACAGCCCUGCGACGUCUGGAGCAUUGGCUGCAUUCUCUUUGAGUACUACCGGGGCUUCACACUCUUCCAGACCCACGAAAACCGAGAGCAUUUGGUGAUGAUGGAGAAGAUCCUAGGGCCCAUCCCAUCACACAUGAUCCACCGUACCAGGAAGCAGAAAUAUUUUUACAAAGGGGGCCUGGUUUGGGAUGAGAACAGCUCUGACGGCCGGUAUGUGAAGGAGAACUGCAAACCUCUUAAGAGUUAUAUGCUCCAAGACUCCCCGGAGCACGUGCAGCUGUUUGACCUGAUGAGACGGAUGUUAGAAUUUGACCCUGCCCAGCGCAUCACAUUGGCGGAGGCCCUGCUGCAUCCCUUCUUUGCUGGUCUGACCCCUGAGGAGCGGUCUUUCCACACCAGCCGCAACCCAAGCAGAUGACAGGUGCAGGCCACCGCACUGGGAGAUGGAGAGCAGAACUGGGCUGCCCGGCCCCUUUUCUCCAAGCUCUACCACCGGCCCCAGGGCCAGAGCCACCCAAUGAACAGUGCAAUGUGAAGGAAGGCAGGAGCCUACAGGGAGGAGACUUGAUGCCCAGCUGCCAGAAAGCACAGAUUUGACCCAAGCUAUUUAUAUGUUGUAAAGUUAUAAUAAAGUGUUUCUUACUGUUUGUAA